AUGGCGACAGAGGAUGAAUUGAGGGAGCUUCUCCCGAAGCUGCGCUUCAACAAGGAGUUCAAGAAGAAGCAAAAGUACAAGUACAAGAAACGUGUGGAGGCGCGCGAGAAGGAGCGCGUGAUAGUCAACGGCAAGAAGCGCUCCGCUAGCAAGGAGAUCGAGGCCGCCAAACAUGGCGCAAAGGCGAAGUCCACAACAGCCAGGAAGUCCGAUGGUGUAGCAGCGGCGGCCGCGAGUGCGAAAGGGAAGCCGAAAACGCGUGUGCCAAAGCUGAAGGUGGCCAAUGUGGAGACUGGUAAGGAGACGCUGAAGAAGAAGAAGGCGCGAGACCUUGUGCGGGAAACACGAAAAAAAAAGAAGACUUCCGCCAAGAAGGAGCCCAAGUCAGCCUCCAAGUCUACCCGUGCUAGUGUGGCCCCCGCCGCAGUCGUCUCGAGCGAGUCUUCCGAAGCAGAGCAAAGAAGGACAAGGGUGACGAAGGACGAGCUGCCUGCGACUGCUGCUCUGGCAGUGUUGUCUGUGGAGCCGAAGCCGGCGAUGACGCAGGCAGAGCGCGACCGGGAGCUGCUUGCUCGGGCAAUUCGCGGCGAUGAUCUGUUUGACAGCGACGCAGCCGCGGGUGUCGCUGAUGGUGCGGCGUUCGUUCGCCAAGACCCAUCGCUCUAUCCGGAUCACGCUUUUCUUGACGAUUACGCGGAGAAGAAACACGCCGAGGCUGUCUCGGCCGACGAAUUACUCAAGAACGCGCACAAUUUUUUUAAGAACCUCGGCAAUCGAGAACGUGCCCUUAACAAGGUUGCAAAGGAGCACAUUAAGCACCUCCGGGCAGUCAACCGCCGCGGCGGCGACAAACAAGGAUUUCGUUAUGUAGUGCCCAAGAGCGUGAAGCAGGUGGUACGAGAGCUACUCUCGGCGCAGAAGGCGCGUGACGGCGAAGAGGACCCCGAGGCAGUUAUCGACCCAGGCCAACUUGUGUCGACGUUCGGCGGCGACGGGGUGGCGGAGACUUCUGACAAGCCUGUGCGCCGCAACCGUCGCCGACGCUCACGCACUUACUCGGACUUUUACCAGUUUCAGGUGAGUAGGCGAUGGACUCGUAACGCGGAGAACUUCCUUAAGCGUAGCCGACCCAACAAGGCGCUCUUCGAGGCUAAGAAGCACCAGCGCUCCAUAAAGAAUUUUUGA